AUGAAGCGCCCGUUCCGUUGCCCGUAUCUGGUGACUGCCGCCAUCGUCGGAGCUUCUGCCGUUGCCGUCGCCUUCUACUUCUACUGGAGCAAUCGCAAUAACGAGAAGAAGAAGGCCGUCGAGGCGACUCCGCCUUCCACUGCCACCGCCACCGCAUCUUCAUCCGGCUCCAUCACCAGCGAAACCCCGUCGGAUCCGACUGCGCGAGCCGAUGGCGGAAAAGAGCUGGACGGCAAAUCGGAUAUCUUCAAGUUCUCGGACGAAAACGUUCGUGUCGUCUGCGAGCGGCUCUUUCUCGAGCAGAUGGACCUCGGCGAAGAGUACAUGAGUGACGGUUCGUUGCUUUAGACAAAUUAUAUCACUGGACAUGUGUAUAGAAGCAGAACUGUAGCUAGUACACAAGUUUAUAAUUCGAAUUUCAGCGGAGACCGUGGAGCGUGGAGCCAUGCACCUGGCGAAUGCGAUCGCACUGACCGGAGAGACGGAGCCGCUGCUCAAAGUUCUCCGCAAAGCAGUCUCGCCGACCAACUUCACCCUCAUCCAAAAGUACAUUCCGACGGCGGAGAUUCGUGUGCACCAACUGCUGCAGGACGAGCUCACCGUCGAGUCGAUCGCCGAGAACUUCAUUUGA